CUGUUCUUGAUUCUUUCUGUUUUUCCAUGUAUUUUGAACAUUUUGAAUUCCACAUGGGCAUUUUCUUUUUAAAUGUCUUAAUGUGGUGGAUCAUAUCUUGCUUCUUGCGUUUUCCAUCGAGAACCUUAGCUCUUCUUCCUAUUGUUUCUUUUAUUCCUUUCCUUUUAUCCACAUGAAUUCCUGCAAGCAAGAGUUGCAGUUUCUUAGAGUUUAAUCGAAUUAAGCCGGCGGUUUAAGGAUCUUUAAGUAGACCUGUCAACUACUCUAUAGAACCGGUCAUUCUUCUCAUGUUCAUUGUUCAGUAAUUUCUUUAUAUUUUCGGCUGCUUCAUUACUGUUAGCCAGUGAGAGGUUAGCGUGAGCCAUGUAAAGGCCUGGAAGCUGUAAAUGACUGUUACAUCCGGAAGGUUUGGGUGACACUUUGUUAUGCAACUUUCUUUUAUACCGUUAAAGAAGAUAGAAUUCUUACAGAGUUAUAGUGGACAUGUUUUUUCAUUGAAACAUGUUGGACUCAAGAAAUUAUCAUCUUAUCCGGAUUGACACAACAAUGCUAGAAGAUUAUCCUAUAUGGAAGGAUAUCAACGCUUUAAUUUAUGCAGAUUUCAAGACAGAGCAACAUGCUAGUAUCAGGAAAGACAACAAAAAAAGACAGACAUUAGGGAUAGGAAUCAUAUUGGAAGCUGAUCGCAUUUGUUCCCGGAUAACAUUGACGUAUCGUCAGUCUACUGUAGCUAAACAUCGUCAAGUCUGAAGAUAAUUAUAUUCUGAAUGCAGUAGCUAAUAGGAAUUAUGUUACUAUUCAACAGUACAUAUGACGAUUAUUCUGAUAGGGUUUCUUGGUUAGCACCUUUGGUUGCAGGCAUUAAUGCAGUUACCCACCAGAUCGUGUCAAACUUGUUAUUGAACAAGUUCAAAAGUCCAUAUGAAUUUCAAAUUCCUCUUAUGUUGAUAGGAGUGAGCAUAUCCACUCUAUGUAGAUUUCGAGCCCUUCCCAUUCUUGUUUUACUCCUUCUACGUGUAAAAAAUGUUCUUAGCUUUUCUAGGAUAGUAUACUUGUUCUGUUCUUUCCGUUGUCUGUGAAUAGUUGUUGAUUUUAUUGUUCCUCACACUUUUGAAAUGCCAGUUUCCAACAUUGUGGUUGUUGAAUUAGUGGAUCUUUCUUUUCACUCACCCCCAUCUCUUAAUAUUUCCGGUUUGGCCCCUCUUCUUUUCAGGAAUGACAAUGGUUUGGUUGUUUAACGUUUUCAUCUUUUCUUAGCUUGAGUAACACAUGCAAUUUUUUUGGUUUGUAGACUUUAGUUUUUAUCUUUUGAAUAAACCAAAGAGCAAAAAAGAAAAAGUGCACCUUUGUUGAUAAAAAGGGCUAAAGAAGAAUAUUUCCAGCCCACAAUAUAUGGAGAAAGUGGUUGGCCAUCAAGUUGUUGACCAAGGGUCGUGGUCGUUUAAGGAUGAAUAAGGCAACACAAUCAAAGAUUGUCAAAUGCUCAGAAUCAAUGUGGAAACUAGCCUACUAUGCUACAGUGGAAUUUUUUGUUCUUAAUUUCAAUUACCAUGAGCCCUGGUUCAGAGAUAUAAAAUUAUACUUCAAUGGCUGGCCAAAUCAAGAGUUGAAGAGUCCACUGAAGAUUUUCUACAUGUGCCAAUGUGGGUUCUACCUCUACAGCAUUGCUGCUCUUCUGACGUGGGAGACUCGAAGGAAGGAUUUUUCAGUGAUGAUGUCUCAUCAUAUUAUUACUGUUAUCCUGAUUGGAACCUCAUAUGUGACAAGAUUUUUCAGGAUUGGCUCUAUAGUCCUUGCCCUCCAUGAUGCAAGUGACAUAUUCAUGGAAGCUGCAAAGGUUUUCAAGUACUCCGGAAGAGAGUUUUUCGCAAGCGUGUUUUUUGGGUGCUUUGCUAUUUCAUGGUUAAUACUACGGCUAAUUUUCUAUCCGUUUUGGGUUAUUAAAGCGUCGAGCUAUAACAUUCGUGAAUGCUUAAACCUUUCAGAGGUUUAUCCCAGGUUUCUGUAUUAUCUCUUUAAUACAUUGCUCAUAAUGCUGCUCGUAUUCCAUAUAUACUGGUGGAUUCUCAUAUGUGCGAUGAUCUGGAGACAACUGAAAAAUAGAGGAAAAGUUGGUGAGGAUAUAAGAUCAGAUUCAGAGAAUGACGAUUAGAUGAAUAUUUUUGUCUGACAAUCUUGAGUGUACUUUGCUAUCGCUGAUGUUAGCUCUGCAGAUGCUGCUUUGACAUGUUUGUAGAUUUCUUGAAUAUGGGUUGGUCAAUACAGCCAUUUGAAGAGGGCUGGAGAUUUAGUUUCAAUUUUUCAUUGGUUACUGGGUAAAAGGAGGUGGGAAGACCGUCCAGCACAUUCUGCUUCUUCCAUUUCUGCUGUAUAAAUGAUAGUGGCUCCUGUAUAAUUGUUUUCUUUCAAACAAACCUGCUUAGAUUAGUCGGAAGUUGAUGAUUGUUGAACGAUAAACAGCGACAAGAGAAUACUAAGUGGGGAAAAAAGAAGAAGAAGAAGCAAAUUUUUGCCGUUAUUCUA